AUGUUUAAAAACCCCCUUCUUCCCCUAUGGUAUCUACUAAUACAGUACCUCCAGAAAGCUUCGAUUCCCAGUCCGGGAGCUGCACCGAAGAGUAGCGGAAGUGUCUGUGGAACAAGCACCCGAGAAGCUCGUGCCUCUUGCUGGUCCGUGCACAUCUUUCUAGAAAGCUUCCCUGACGGCAACCACCUCACAGCUCCCUUCCCCCCACUUCUCUCCAUUCCGUUGGGUCUAGUUUACCAGGAUUGUAUUAUCUGCUUUGCAAUCAUCCACAAGACCGCUGCAGUAGCUACCAUCGCCAACGAACAAGUGCUCUCCACUCGCCCCGCGAUACCCCUCACACGACGACAGGUAUUCAUUCUGUGCCUGUUCGACGACAUAAUACCGGAUAUUUCGAGCCACGCCAAUCACACCUAA